CGUUAAAAAAAUAAAAUGUUUAGUAUUUUUAAUAAAAAAAAAAGCUCUGAUGAUGAUCAACUAAAUGUGCUGGAACAUACGCCUACGCCUUCGUCUGCAGUAAAUACUGAAAGUAUAAUUGCAGAAGAAAAUGAAUUAAAUGAUAUUGAUAAUGAACUUGAUUUGGGUAAUUUAAAUUCAGGACCGCGUCAGCCAAUAUUAAAGGAGUAUCCUAAGACAAAAUUUGGAAGUCAAAAUCGAGGAUUUACACCUUCUUACUUUAGUGAGUUUAAUUGGCUUGAAUAUAGUGUUAGAAAAGAUAGCGUGUUUUGUUUUCCAUGCCGUAUUUUUGGAACUGCUCAUCUAACGGAAAAUACAUUUACUGUAAUAGGAUUUAAGAACUGGAAAAAACUUUGUGGAUCAAGAGAUUCAAAGACCAAAAAAUCAAAACUAAGUUUGCACGCUUCAACAAUUAAUCACAUUAAUUGUAUGUCAAGAUGGUUAGAAUAUAAAAAUUCUUUAAAACAAGGUAGUAUCAUCUCCAAAUUAUCAACAGCCUACAAGGAGCACAUUGACAAAAAUCGGCAGUAUAUUAAAUGUUUAAUUGACAUUGUUAUAUUUCUUGGGCGGCAGGGACUUCCAUUUAGGGGUCAUCGUGAAAAUGAAGAUGCUUUAAAUAAAGGUAAUUUUAAAGAGCUGUGCUUGUUGUUUUCAAAACAUCAUAUUGAGUUUGAGAAAAAAUAUAUUUUCAACUCAACUAACCAUACUAGCUGGGCCAUUCAAAAUGAUUUAAUAAAUAUUUGUACUUCAUAUGUGAGAGAUAAUAUUGUUUCUGAAGUUAAAAAGUGUGGCAUGUUUUCCAUUUCAUGUGAUGAAUCCAGAUCUCAUAAAGAAGAGCAAAUGUCCAUCUGUAUCCGUUAUACAAACAAUUUAGAGGUGAAAGAACGUUUUUUAGGAUUUGUUGAUGUAUCAUAUAGACAAAAUGCUGAUGCAUUAUAUUCAUCUAUUAUCGACUUUUUACGUUUUUGUAAUUUAUCUGAUAUUCCAAUUGUUGGCCAGUCUUUUGACGGAGCAAAUGUAAUGUCUGGUCAGAAAGGAGGUGUCCAAACUAAACUUAAGCAAAUUUAUCCAUAUGCUAUAUACAUUCAUUGUAUGGCACACAAAUUAAAUUUAGUGAUUGUGGACACAUGCAAAUAUUUGAAGUAUCUUAGAAAAUUAUUUAAUGGACUAGAAGCGAUAUACGUACAUUUCUCAUAUCCUUCAAAAAAUAAAAAAUUCAAUGAAAUUCAAAAUCUACUUGGGUUGAAAAAAAAAUCAUUAGUUCAGUUAAGUGAAACAAGAUGGGCCUGUCGUUUUAAAAGUUGCAGCUCAGUCAUACAAAAUUAUGGUGUAUUAAUUCAGUCUUUAAAAGAGGAAAUUGAUGCUCAAAAAAAUAAAGAUGUCGCUGAAGCAAUUGGUAUUAUUUCAACAAUUAAGUCUGUUGAUUUUGUAAUAUAUUUAUUCAUAUUAAAGGAAGUCUUACAAAUUAUUCAUAUACUAUCAAAUCAUCUACAAUCAAAAUCAGCAACCCUGGCUGUAUCAAAGAAAAGAUUACGAAAAGAGCCAUCUCAACUCAAAGAUUUUGUUUGUUUGUCAACAACUAGUGCUAGUGAUGAUCAUACUGCAGAUAUUGUAGAAACAAAAAAAAAAUAUUGGAAAAAAAAAAGCUUAUUAUAGUGUAUUAGAUACAAUGAUAAAUA